CAUCUUUUCUCCACCAGGCCAUGGCCUUGGCUUUUCCUCUUGUUUUCUCCAAACGCUGUUUCUCUCUCUUCUUUCAGGUUUCUCUCUCUAGGCCCCCAGACUCUAAGCCAUUUCUAAGUCCCUUUAAAAAGGCAGCUAAGCUGGCUUCAUGAACAUGAGGAGAAGGCCCUCUUAUUCUUGGCCAUGGCUAAAAGGAGUGGCUUCCUUCUUUUCUUCUUCUUCUGCUGUUUGCAUUUACAGUCAGUUAAUGGCGAGCUUCUGAGCUCUGAAUAUUACAGAGAGAGUUGCCCAAAUGUUGAUAGGAUAGUGAAGAAUGUGGUCACUCAGAAGCUUCUGGAAGCCCCAACGACAGCAGCCGGUGCCCUCCGUCUCUUCUUCCAUGACUGCUUUGUCGAGGGAUGUGAUGCAUCUGUGUUGGUUGCGUCGAGUGAGAAGAAUGUUGCAGAGAGGGAUGCAGAGAUAAAUCUAUCGUUGCCUGGAGAUGGGUUUGAUGUGUUCUUUAGAGCAAAGAGGGCCCUUGAAUGGCAAUGCCCUGGCAUUGUCUCAUGUGCUGAUGUUAUGGCCAUUGCCACAAGAGACCUAGUUCAAUUGGUUGGGGGACCAGAAUGGGAAGUAUACAAAGGUCGCAAAGAUGGCAAAAUGUCCAAAGCUUCAAGAGUUGCUGGCAAUCUUCCCCUAGUGAACCAAACAAUAGACCAACUCAUCUCUCUCUUCAACUCCAAGGGCCUCUCAAUCCAAGACAUGGUUGCUCUCUCAGGUGCUCACACCAUAGGCUUUGCACAUUGCAAUGAAUUCAUGCCAAGGAUUUACAACUUCAACAAGACUUUUGAAAUUGACCCAGCUAUGGACCAAGCCUAUGCCCUAAGCCUUAGAAGCCCUUGUCCUCAAAAGGGCAUAGACCCUACAAUUGUGGCCAAUAAUGACAUUUCUACCCCCACAACCUUUGACAAUGCUUAUUAUAGAAACUUGCAAAAGGGGCUUGGCUUACUAGGCUCUGAUCAAGGGCUCUAUGCAAACCCCAAGACCCGUGGCUAUGUUGAAGCUUUUGCAAAGGACCAACAACUCUUCUUUGAUUACUUUGUUAAGGCCAUGCAUAAGCUUGGGGGCCUUGGGGUCAAGAUGGGAGGCCAAGGUGAGGUUAGGAGAGAUUGUGGCUUCUUCAAUGGGUGAUGGCCCUUUCUUUGGGGGUCAUUUGAUGUUUUUUUUUGGGCUUAGAAUGCUUAUUUUUUUGUAUCUCAAUGAAAACUUUGAUAUUUGAUGAAUAACAUGGAACCUCGUUUUGUUCUUUGGUCUUUGAUGAAUUA